ACAGCCCCUGCAGAUCCGAGCUUUGGCCCGGUUGCUGAGGGAUGGCAGUUCCGGGGAAGCCAGCAGGCUGGGCGUCCCGGAGAACCUGAACGCCAUUUUCGGGUAGCGUCUCGUGAGAGCCCCUGUUCCUCUGAACCCUUAUCGGGAAAAAGCGGAGGUGUUUCCUCCAGGCCUGGCCAAGGUGCCACCCUCGUGAAGCCAGACAGACUCGAUCCGCGGGCUCUGCUCCCCGCAGUCCACCACUCCAGGGAGCCCCUGCAAAGAGAGAGAAUCCCGAACCCCAGAGCUCGGGCUCCCCCAGACUCCCAAGAAGCACCCUCCAGGGAGGUCACCCAGCCCCUGCGGCCUGUCUGCAGGGAGAGCUUUUGGAAGAAGAACCCCUCAGAGAGGCCCCACAGGAGCCACCCCAGGGACCAGGCGCGUGGGGCCUGGGAGAAGCCGGGCAGACAGGCUGAUCCGCAGCAUCAGUGGAGCGCCCCUCGGGGACAGAGGCUGCUGCGCUGUCACGAGUGUGGAAGGAGCUUCCGCCUGAAGCAGGACUUGCUGAGACACCUGCCCGCACACGCAGGGAAGAGCCCGCUUACCGAGUCCGACUGUACCGUGUGCUUCCACCACAGGCGGGCGCUUCUCGGCCCCCACCUCCCGCACCCGGGGCCGAGGCCCUCCCAGUGCCUCAGGUGUGACAAGAGCUUCCUCCCGAACAACAGCGCCCAGGCCCCCCAGAGCCAGCGCGGCAGGGCGGGGCCAGGAUCCCACCGACAGGGUGCUGGGGCCUUCGAGCCCAGCAGUGGUCACUCAGGAGAGAGGCCAGGCCCCUGUCCAGCUCGUGAGGAGCACUGCCACCUGGCGGGGAGCAUGGAGGUUGUCCUCCAGCGCUUCCCUGCCGGGGAGAGGCCAUUCUCUUGCACAGAAUGCGGUAAGUGCUUCUCUACCAGGGCCACGCUCGCUAGCCACGUCCGGGUGCACACGGGGGAAAAGCCCUUCCCGUGCCUGGAGUGUGACAAGAGCUUCCGCCUGAGUGGCCUGCUGAAGGCCCACCAGCGUGUGCACAGUGGGGAGAGGCCCUUCUCCUGCAGGAAGUGUGGCAAGGGCUUCAGCAAGCAGUGUAAACUCGCCGAGCACACCCGGGUGCACAGCGGGGAGAAGCCGUUCUGGUGUGGCGAGUGUGGCCGGGACUUCCGCCAGCAGGGACAGCUGCUGCGGCACCAGCGGCUGCACAGCGACGAGAAGCCCUUCCAGUGCCCGGAGUGCGAGCGCAGCUUCCGUCUGAGGAGCAUGCUGAGAGCCCACCGCCUGCGGCACAGCGGGGAGAGGCCGUUCUCCUGCGGCGAGUGCGACAAGAGCUUCCGCCUGAAGGGCAUCCUGAAGGCCCACCAGCGCACCCACAGCGCGGAGAGGCCCUUCUCCUGCGCGGAGUGCGGCAAGGGCUUCACCCACCAGUGCAAGCUCCGGGAGCACCUGCGCGUGCACAGCGGGGAGCGGCCCUUCCAGUGCCCCCAGUGCGACAAGAGCUUCCGCCUGAAGGGCAUCCUGAAGGCCCACCAGCACACCCACAGCGCGGAGAGGCCCUUCUCCUGCGCAGAGUGCGGCAAGGGCUUCACCAGGCAGUCCAAGCUCACCGAGCACCUGCGCGUGCACAGCGGGGAGCGGCCCUUCCAGUGCCCGGACUGCGACAGGAGUUUCCGCCUCAAGGGGCAGCUGCUGAGUCACCGGCGCCUGCACACAGGAGAGAGGCCCUUCCAGUGCCCCGAGUGCGGCAAGAGCUACCGCGUGAAGGCGGACAUGAAGGCCCACCAGCUGCUGCACAGCGGGCAGCUGCCGUUCUCCUGUGAGUGUGGCAAAGGCUUUGCGAAGCAGUCAAAACUCGUGGAGCACAUCCGGACACACACGGGGGAGAAGCCCUUUCAGUGUCCCAAGUGCGACAAGAGUUUCCGCUUGAAGGCACAGCUGCUCAGCCACCAGGGCCUGCACACAGGGGAGAGACCUUUCCACUGCCCCGAGUGCGACAAAAACUUCCGGGAAAGGGGACACAUGCUGAGGCACCAGCGCAUUCACAGGCCCGAGAGGCCCUUCGCCUGUGGCGACUGCGGGAAGGGCUUCAUCUAUAAGUCUAAGCUUGCCGAGCACGCCCGAGUGCACACGAAAUCCUGUCGGGCCCCGAGCGGGCCCGACAUUCAGAAGCGGCUCAGCCAGCUCUUCGCGAUGAUCGAGGCCGACUGGAGCUGAGACGCCGGAGCCGUCGGGGUGGAGAGGGCCUGGGGGUCGCCGUGGCCAAGCCACUGCGGCACGGGUUUCAGGAACAGGGGCCCUUGUCUGAGCCAGAGUGGAACACAAGUUAGGCAUGUGAGAAACCAUAGAGGGGCUUCCUUUUUAAAAUCAUCACAGGUAUAUUUCCUACCUGUUGACAAAAAGACCCAUUUGUUCUUCCUGCCGUCUUACGUGGUAAUUUCUCCCCAAAGGCUUCGCUAGCUCCGGAAUCAGGAGCUCGGAUGUAAACCGGAGAUCCCUCCAGCGCCGGCUGCUGCCUGUCAGCUCCCCUUCUCUCUUCUCACUCACAGUGCGGUCCUAAACUGGGGGUGAAGUCCAGCGCGUUUGGUUGCAGGCCUAAUAGGACAUUAGACUCGGUGUAGAUUGAUUUAUUUGGAAAUUGAUGAUAAUAAAAGGAGUUCUCCAAAGUAUA